AUGUUCAUCACACGUGGGCUCAUUCUCAUCUCAUUGCUCUUCGUUUUCGUAAUGACAGAUGAUACCCACGAUAAAACCGUUUCAAAACUGAAGAAUGACUUUGACAAGAACACUGCCGACAGCAUUAAAAAUUUCAACGACGAGGCUGCCAAGAAUAAGAAGGAGCACGAAAAGAUCGCCGCUGAAAAUCAUAAAGAACACGAAGAAAUUAAAAAGAGCAUGUGGGAAAAGUUUUUGGCAUUCGGUACUGUCGUGGUUGUGGUCGUUUUUGUUGUGCCCAUUCUUCUUUCAAUUGGUGCAAGUGUCAUUACGUGUAUCCUGGUUCGUCGUUGCAAUCGGAAUAGUUAUGGUGGUUCAGAUGGAGGAUAUUGA